GCGCUGGGCUGCGCGGCUAGGCUGUUUCUCAUCGAGAUUUUCCACUAGAGAAAGCGCCCCCGGACUCGGGGCUGCGCCUCUCAAACCACAUUCGUCCUGCUGCCAUAUAAAUGGUGAGAUCGACCUAGCUAAGAAACCCAGACCCAAAUUAAUUCUUCCGCUGCUUCCCUGAACACCACUCUCACAACUCACAAGUCACACCUUCCACUGCGAGGAGGCAGAAGCAAAACCCCGAGCCAUAAGCUGCCUCCGGGCGGCAAGAUGAUAUCGUUGCAUGACCUGUACACGGUCCUGGCGGCGGUGGUUCCGCUCUACGUGGCGAUGAUCCUGGCGUACGGCUCGGUGAGGUGGUGGGGCAUCUUCACGCCCGACCAGUGCUCCGGCAUCAACCGCUUCGUCGCCAUCUUCGCCGUGCCGCUGCUCUCCUUCCACUUCAUCUCCACCAACGACCCCUACGAGAUGAACCUCCGCUUCCUGGCCGCGGACACGCUGCAGAAGCUCCUCGUCCUGGCCCUGCUCGCCGCGUGCUCGCGUCUGAUCCCCUCGCGGCUGGACUGGUCCAUCACGCUCUUCUCGCUGUCGACGCUGCCCAACACGCUCGUCAUGGGGAUACCUCUGCUCAUGGCCAUGUACGGCCCCUACGCCGGCUCGCUCAUGGUCCAGAUUGUCGUGCUCCAGUGCAUCAUCUGGUACACGCUGCUGCUCUUCCUCUUCGAGUUCCGCGCCGCUCGCCUGCUAAUCGCUGACCAGUUCCCCGACACCGCGGCGUCCAUCGUGUCGCUGCAUGUAGACCCCGACGUGGUGUCGCUGGAGGGCGGCCGCGCGGAGACGGAGUCCGAGGUGGCGGCCGACGGGCGGCUGCACGUCACCGUGCGCCGGUCCUCGGUGUCGAGGCGGUCGACGCUGCUGGCGACGCCGCGGCCGUCGAAUCUGACGGGCGCGGAGAUCUACUCCUUGAGCUCGUCGCAGAACCCCACCCCGCGGGGCUCCAACUUCAACCAGGCGGACUUCUUCGCCGUCGUCGGUGGUGCGCCGCCCGCCAGGGUGGGCGGCUCGAGCUUCGGCGCCUCCGAGCACUACUCGCUGCAGUCGUCGCAGGGGCCGACGCCGAGGGAGUCCAACUUGGACGAGCACUCGGCAGGGCCAAAGCAUGCCACGACAGACGCCGGAGCGCAGCACAACCAUGACGCCAAGGAGCUCCACAUGUUCGUGUGGAGCUCCAGCUCCUCUCCCGUCUCAGAAGCAGUAAGCGGCUUGCCGAUGUUCACCGGCGGUGCAGGCGCAGCGCAUCUCGAUGCCGCCGCCAAGGAAAUCCGCAUGGUUGUCCCCGCGGACCCGCCGCAGAAUGGCUCAUGCAAAGAGAACGGGGGCUACACCGCGGCAGCGAGGGGAGGCGGAAAGGCAGUGGAGGACGACGGCGACGCUGCGGUGCAGGCCGGGCCGGACAGGCUGGCGGCGAAGCUGAACUCCAGCCCCGGGGACGAGGACGGAGCGGAAAGCGGGCGGGCGCGGCAGCACCAAAUGCCGCCGGCGAGCGUGAUGACACGGCUCAUACUGAUCAUGGUGUGGCGCAAGCUCAUCCGCAACCCCAACACGUACUCCAGCCUAAUCGGCCUCACCUGGUCCCUCGUCGCCUUCCGGUGGCACGUCUCCAUGCCAACGAUGGUCGAGAAGUCCAUCUCCAUCCUCUCGGACGCUGGGCUGGGGAUGGCCAUGUUUAGCCUGGGUGGGUGCCCACGCCCCUUGUGCUCCUGUCUCCGCCCAGCCCUACACCGUGUCGCACCGCAAUUAAUCCUCCCCCCUCGCCCUCGUGCCCACACCCCGCAUGCAUGCAUAACACCGUCAACCUCUCCCUGGGCAGGACUGUUCAUGGCGCUGCAGCCGAGCAUCAUCGCCUGCGGCAACUCCGCCGCCGUCGCCUCCAUGGCCGUCCGCUUCCUCGCGGGCCCUGCCGUCACUGCUGCCGCGUCAGCCGCCGUCGGUCUACGUGGGACGCUCCUUAAGGUCGCCAUUGUUCAGGCGGCUCUACCACAAGGGAUUGUACCUUUUGUUUUCGCCAAGGAAUACAAUGUCCAUCCUGACAUCCUGAGUACUGCCGUAAUUUUUGGCAUGCUAAUAGCUCUUCCGAUUACAUUGGCCUACUACGCCCUUCUUGGACUGGUACACUGAUCAAUGAUGCUGCUGAAAACACAAAGCAGAGGUAGAAGUUUUAGUACUGCUGCCAGAUCAUACUUGUAAGCUUAGUCCAUGGAUGACGCAUGGCUUGUAAUUUUGGGUCACAUGCCUGUGAAAAUCCCUUGCGAUGACAAAGGUGCCCGGCAUUUAUGGCAUUGCUUACUUAUUUUGGGUUUCAGAAUUAUACACAGUGUUAUACAUACUGUACAUCAUAGCUUAACAUUAACAUGAAGUGAGCCAGCACCGAGUCCGGUACAUUAAUUA